UAUAGGAUUCACAGCGUACGGGUUGUAGGCGUCACGGAGUUGGUACUUUGUAGUACUUUUGUAGAAGUAGUAGCACUUUCCUCGGUGCCUUUGUAAAGCUUCUUCGUUCUACUUCUAUCAUUUGCCCAUGGCGUCUGCUCUCAACGGCGUACUUUCAAUAAGAUUAUCCGAUGCCAGCUGGUCCAUUUCCAACCCACUUCGAACUUCUCAACUCGCUUCACCCCUUUCCGUCUCUUUCACUCCGCGAAGAUUGGUGGUGAGAGCUACAGAGACUGAUACUAAUGAAGUAAAAGCUAAGGUACCGGAUAAGACACCGGCGGCCGCCGGUGGUAGUAGCGGUUCAAGCAUUAAUCAGAUUCUUGGAAUUAAAGGGGCCAAGCAAGAAACGGAUAAAUGGAAGAUCCGGGUUCAACUUACCAAGCCAGUUACUUGGCCUCCACUUGUAUGGGGCGUGGUAUGUGGAGCUGCUGCGUCUGGGAACUUUCAUUGGAGUUUGGACGAUAUGGCCAAAGCAUUAGUCUGUAUGUUGAUGUCUGGUCCAUGUCUAACUGGCUAUACUCAGACACUUAAUGACUGGUAUGAUAGAGAGAUUGAUGCCAUCAAUGAACCUUAUCGUCCAAUUCCUUCUGGAGCAAUCUCUGAGUUUGAGGUGAUUACCCAAAUAUGGGUGCUGCUUCUAGCUGGCCUUGGUUUGGCUGGAUUAUUAGAUGUGUGGGCAGGGCAUGAUGUCCCAGUGCUAUUCUACCUUGCUGUUGGUGGGUCCUUGCUAUCCUACAUCUACUCGGCUCCUCCUUUAAAGCUUAAACAGAAUGGAUGGAUCGGCAAUUUUGCUCUUGGAGCAAGUUAUAUAAGUUUGCCAUGGUGGGCUGGUCAAGCUUUAUUUGGGACCCUUACACCUGACAUAAUUGUUCUCACACUCUUGUAUAGCAUAGCUGGGCUGGGUAUAGCCAUUGUAAAUGACUUCAAAAGUGUUGAAGGAGAUAGAGCACUGGGGCUUCAGUCUCUUCCAGUAGCUUUUGGCACCGAGACUGCGAAAUGGAUUUGCGUUGGUGCAAUUGACGUUACUCAAAUAUCAGUGGCAGGUUAUCUUCUGGGCAGUGGGAAGCCGUAUUAUGCAUUGGCACUUCUAGGUUUGAUCGUUCCACAAGUGUUUUUCCAGUUCAAGUACUUCCUCAAGGACCCAGUGAAAUAUGAUGUCAAGUAUCAGGCUAGCGCACAACCAUUUCUUAUUCUUGGCCUUCUGGUUACUGCUUUAGCAAUUAGCAGCUGAUUUUGUUGCCGCGCCUACCCUGGUAUCGAAAGGAAAGGACAGAGAGCAGAAAGAACAAAUCAUCGGGAAUCAAGGGCCCACGCAGGCAAAUUUUUUUGGACCGUUUCUGCUCUCGUCGGCCCUGGAGCUGUCUGACCUUGGGCCAUCUGUAUAAUAAUUUUGUGUUAACUUUGAAAUAGGGCAUUGUUGUAUCGUAAUACAAAAUCUUUUGCACUUUUUUUUU